AUGGCGCGCGGUGGUGCUAUCUACAAAGACUUGAUCCGGUCUCUUAAUUUAGCAAAAGAAGAGUCUCGGAUUCAAAAAAAAGUUAUUGAAAUCUCAGGUCAGAUGGACUUAAAGAUUGGAAGUGCUGCGUUGAAAAAUUGGUCGACCUGCAGACCGAUUUACGCUAUCCAGAUCGCCUGUGAAAUGUUACGCGUUCCUUUCGAUCGGAAAAGCCUACUAAAGUUGGCGAACACUACAGAACAAGAUUACUAUUCUUCCCUCUCAUACAUAAAGAAGACUCUUGGGAUUUAUUCUUUGAUAGAUUUUGAAUCCCUGGCGUCCAGGUUUGGGUGCCCCAAAAUUAUUCCAUAUGCGGAGAGUAUGCUAGAAAUUUUCAAAGCAGAAUGGAGUAAGGAGUUGAGCGCUGCCAGCAAACGAGGAAUUGACUGGGAUGCUGAUAUCUACAAAAUUGCAGUGUUUUGGUGUUGCUGCAAAAGUGUCGGGGGGCAAGAUCGAGUUAGUCGAGAUCAAUUGACUAGCUUGCACGAUUUUUCCGCUUCUCGCACAGAACUCCAGCGUACCGCGAAGCUUAUAGAAAAAUAUUGCAAAAAUUAUAUUAACAAACUUAAAUCCCGAACAAGAAAAGGGGACCUUGUUAUUACGUUUAUAAAGCCACCUUCAAAACGAAAGCAUGAAGACGAUAAAACCGAAAAUGAGCAACCAGAAAGAUAUGAAAAAGUCGUCAGGGAGGACACCGAUGAUAAAUUAUUGGAUGAAAGCGGGAUAACG